GAAAAUGGAGAUAUCAGUGGUGAUAGUAAUAGUUUCAAUAGCUACAGCUCUUGUGAGUUGCUGGACAUGGAGAAUUUUAAAGUGGGUUUGGUUUAAACCAAAAAUGCUUGAGAGUUACCUGAGAAGACAAGGUCUCUCCGGGACUCCUUACACGCCGCUCAUCGGCGAUUUGAAGACAGAUUUCAGUAUGACAAUGGAGGCAAGAUCCAAACCCAUCAAACUAACUGAUGAUAUCUCAACACGUGUUCUGCCUUAUCCGGUGAAAAUGCUCAAUACUCACGGAAGGACUUUCUUUACAUGGUUUGGAACUACACCAACCAUCACUAUAAUGGAUCCUGAGAAAAUCAAGGAAGUUUUUAACAAAGUUUAUGAUUUCCAGAAGCCACAUACAUUCCCUUUGGCUACACUGAUAGCCAGUGGACUCGUUGCUUAUGAUGGUGACAAAUGGGCAAAACACCGAAGAAUCAUCAACCCGGCUUUUCACCUUGAGAAGAUAAAGAGUAUGAUACCUGCUUUCCACCAAAGCUGCAGUGAGGUCGUUGGCAAAUGGGACAAAGUAGUCUCAGAUAAACGGAUGCCAUGUGAAGUGGACGUUUGGCCUGGAAUUGUGAGUAUGACUGCAGAUGUGAUCUCUCGUACUGCUUUUGGCAGCAGUUACCAAGAAGGGCAGGGGAUAUUUGAGCUCCAAGGGGAACUAGCACAGCUUAUGAGACAAUCUUUUCUGAAAGCUUUCAUCCCUGGUUAUAUAUAUCUCCCAACAAAGGAUAAUAAAAGGAUGAAAGCAGCAUCCAGAGAAAUCCACGUUAUAUUGAGAGGGAUCAUUAACAAAAGGUUAAGGGCUAGAGAAGCUGGGGAAGCACCAAGCGACGAUUUGCUAGGUAUACUUCUUGAAUCAAAUUCAGGGCAAGCUAGAGGAAAUGAAAUGAGCACUGAAGAUGUGAUGGAGGAGUGCAAAUUGUUCUAUUUUGCUGGACAAGAGACAACUUCAGUGCUUCUUGUCUGGACAAUGGUUAUGUUAAGCCAACACCAAGACUGGCAAGCUCGCGCACGAGAAGAAGUGAAGAAAGUUUUUGGAGACAAAGAACCUGAUACAGAAGGCUUGAACCAGCUCAAAGUUAUGACGAUGAUACUAUAUGAGGUCCUUAGGCUAUACCCUCCUUUAACACAGAUGACCCGAGCCAUUCACAAAGAGAUGAAGCUAGGCGACCUGACACUGCCAGGAGGCGUUCAGAUCAAUCUACCUACUCUAUUAGUCCAUCGCGAUACACAGCUAUGGGGCAGCGAUGCAGACGAGUUCAAGCCCGAGAGGUUCAAAGAUGGAGUCUCAAAGGCAACAAAGGGCCAAGUCUCUUUUUUUCCCUUUGCGUGGGGACCAAGGAUCUGCAUAGGCCAGAAUUUUGGUCUUUUGGAGGCAAAGAUGGCUUUGUCUCUGAUUCUACAGAGAUUCUCCUUUGAGCUUUCUCCAUCUUAUGCUCAUGCGCCUUACAUAGUCAUCACAUUGCACCCACAGUUCGGUGCUCAUCUUGUCCUACACAAGAUCUAG